AUGAGGCUCGCUCUAGUGCUUCUACUGCUGCUGCUGGGUGCGACCGCCGCCUUGACGGAGACGGACCCUCGGCCCGCACCGUUCGUGGACAUUGUCGGCGCGGCGUGCACCAAACGCUCCGACUGCGGCUACGUGCCGGCGCUCGCCUGCAUCGAGGGGUCAUGCGAGUACUGCCGCCCUACCGCGCACGACUGCGGAGACUACGCUGGCGACAUGGCCAACCGCUGUCAAGUGGUGGAGGUGCUGAACGAGGGCACGGGCGAGAUGGAGACUCAGUACGGGCUUUCGUCAUCCGGCGAGCCCGUGGCGGCCGCCUACUGCGUGGAGAAGAACCUCUUCGCCCCGUUCACGUUCAACGACCUGCUCACGACGCUGAUCGCCUUCUCGUGUACUGCGCUGGGCGCGGGCGGGGGUAUUGGAGGCGGUGGGUUGCUCGUCCCCAUGUACAUCUUCGCUGGACUGAACCCCAAGCACGCCAUCCCGCUGUCAAAGGUGACGAUUUUCGGCAGCGCGGUGGCCAUGAACCGUCCGCUCAUUGAUUUUGCGCUGGUGGCGCUCAUGGAGCCCAUGACACUGGUUGGCACGGUUUUCGGGGUGAUGCUGAACCACAUUUCCCCCAAUUGGCUCAUUCUGGUGUUGCUAGUGACGCUGAUGUCGUUUAUCACGUACAAUACGGUCCUGAAAGGCAACAAGAUUCAAGACAAAGAGUCAAAGCUGCAGCACGCGCUCGUCAAAUCGACGCUUAUAGGCGGCCCCAAUGGUCGUGGCCGAGGCCGGACGUGGUCAAUCUAUCGGCGGUUCGACGUCGAAGUUGCUGCACGCCACUGGCUCGAGAAAACCCGGAGGGCGCGGAAAGCUCGUCUGGUUCGAGAGGAAGACGAAGAGGACUUCAGUUCGUUGCCUCCACUUAUUGCGCGUAAGGCAAUCGGCUUGGAUCCUCUCGUGGGUGACAAUCGUCGUUUUGGUACAUUCCCGUCGGACGACGAUAAGAAGGCCCAGCGACGCGGCACCAUCGAGCGUCGGGAGGGAAGAGUGCUGCCGUUCGAGUACAUUUGGCCACUAGUAGUGUCCUGGUUCAUCAUUUUGGUGCAGUCGAUUCUCCGUGGCGGCCACGGCGCUCCCAGCGCUAUAGGCGUGGGAUGUAAUUCGUCGGACUACUGGGUGCUCACGCUCAUGCCACUAUCGAUCCUAGUGGGGAUCUCACUGUACGUCGGCUACCGUCUUCGUCUGACGAACCGUUUGAAGGUGGUCAGCGGCUAUUUCUUUGUGGAGGGCGAUAUGCACUGGGUUAAACGACGCACAUUGGUAUUCCCUGCGGUGUGCACAAUUGCUGGAGUGGCUGCUGGUCUGCUGGGUAUUGGUGGGGGCAUGGUCAAGGGCCCCAUCAUGCUCGAAGCCGGCGUCUUGCCUGCGGUUCAAUCCGCGACUGCGAGUUUUAUGAUCCUUUUCACAGCUUCGUCGACGACUCUGCAGUUCGCUAUCAACGGCCAGUUCCCGGGCGAGUUCCAGUUCGACUUCAUGGCGUGGUUGGCGUUCGUUGGCUUUGUCGGCGGAUUUUGUGGUUUGAAGUGCGUCGGGUACUUUGUGAAGAAGUACAGGCGAGAGUCGAUCAUGGUGUACACGUUGGCGGCAACGAUUGGGUUGUCGGCUGUGGCCAUGAGAUUUAUCGGGCUCCAGUCCACGCUGAGUGACAUUGAGAGCGGCGUACACCUCGGCUUCCACGGCAUUUGUGACAACGAAUAA